AUGGAAGUGAGCAAAUAUUUGAAAAAGUUUAAGUUGUUAUUGGACUAUGUGUUUGAAGGAAAAGUUGUGUUAAAUGAGAAUACUACGGAAAAGCUAUUGAAACUUCUGGAAGAUCGCAGUGAUAAUAGUCCCGGCAAACUUGUAUUGGAUACGCCUUGCUUCUCAGAUCUCAUAUUUCAUUCACUCGAGAGCAUACACAAUGCCACGACAUCAGUCAAAAUAUUCCUCUUUGAAAUCGUCACGAUACUCUUCAAAAAUGAGCUUCAGUUUGCCAAAAUACAUAGUUCGAUUUUCACAUGCAUUCUCGCCAACUUGAGCACUAAAAAUCGAGGGCUUAAUUUGGCUUGCAUAAAAUUGGCAACGGUGCAGAUAACGCAUCUCUCUGGACUGAAACUACUCCUUGAACAUAAAGUUUGGCAGUACAUACUAACUGAAAACACCCACCGGGCACCUACCAAAAUAGCUUAUGCUUCUUAUAACUUUAUAGCCAAAUUGAUUUUGGAGUUGAACGAGUACGAAAUGGAAGCAGAACUGUCAGAAGUACUGGAUUACGUCGUUAAACCUAUAAUAUCGAGCGCAUAUCAGACAGUGAAAAUUAUAGACAACGAGACGGACACAAUACUCUCAGAAAAAAUAUAUUCCUAUAUGUACGCGCUGCUAAACGUACUGAAGACUAUGGAAGACAUUCCGGUAAACCACGUGAUAAAAAUGUUAAGAUCGUAUUUAUUAGUAGAGCGCUCUAUAUUUGUUAUAUGGAAAGUAACUAGGUAUCCGAAUUUACUGAAAUUAGCAAAUGAUAUAAUAUUUAUAUUCUAUUACAGUUCUCAUAGACACAAUCUCUUCAAUGGUAAAACACAAGAAUUUUGUAAUGAAUUAGUAGUCUUCUAUCACAACUGCGUACAACGUUGCAUUAAAAAACGAGAAAUGUCAGUUCUCAUAGACUAUUGCAUUAAGUGUAACAUAUUCUGGUCCAAAUUCGAGAAGACUUACAAAGACAAAAUAUUAUUCCCACUUUACUUUGAAAGAAACGGAAUCAAAUUCCAAGUGUCCGACCAAGUAUUUGUGUUUUUGAUUCAGCCUUUAUUGAUGUGUGCAAUUGAAAUCAAACCCGGUCGGACGGACGCUGAAAAACAAGAAUUUAUUGAAAAACUUCUAACAAAAAUUGGAAGAACUUUAGCGGAGCAUAUAUUCACACUAUGCUAUACGUAUAAGCCCGUUAUAGAAGCCCAAGAUUUGACAGAAACCGCUAUUUCGACCAUCAGAGAGAUGUCCAGAUUGAAGGACUAUCUCACGCAGACACAGGCAGGCCUUUAUUUUAUAGGUCUGUACCACAUAUUGGAUAUUUAUAUAUUAUUGGACGGAGCUGGUGGACUCAUUGUGAACGACAAUCCCAUAAAGACUCCGAACGAUGUGAGACUAUUAUCACUAGUUCUAGAUGCGAUACGAAUGUUGCUGAAGGAUUACAACAUAUCGUGGUACGAGAACGUCGAGAUCGCGAGUCUGCAGGAGGGUCUCAUGAAUUUGCUCAAGCAAGACAUCUUGAAUAUAAAGCUAAUAGUACAAGUGUUAGAUCUGAUAGACCUUUGCAUGAAGAAGUUCCUGUCCCCGAACAUGACGCUGCUGGUGGAAAGCAGGCAGGAGAGCACAUUGACUGUGAUAGGAGCGGUCAUGAAGACAUACAUGCAUCACGAUGACUGGGAGGUACGGGACUCAGCUUUGAACCUACUACUAAGCUGUACGGAUCUCUCUUUUAUUAAAUACAUACCCCUGCAGAAGGUGAUAAGUGAGAACAACCUGAUGAUCUAUGCAGCGAAGGCCGCGCUGACAGACCCGGAGUACUACGUGCAGUCUACCGGCCUCAAGUGUUUGGCUGCAGCUACUAAAAUCGACUGCAUUUGGAAAGAGGUGCUCAUCGAUAAUCCGCAUAUCUAUUUCCAACUGGUCUACAUAUUAAGAAACAACCCAGAAGGAAUGGUGCGGAAAGAAGCAACGAAAGUGCUGACCAGUGCUUAUAAGAACCAAAAAUUGUCACCAACGUUUCAAUCAACAUUGUACGAGGUAAUGAUAUCAGCAGCAUUGGACGACCUGCACUGGGAGGUGCAGUUGGCGGCACUACAGUUCUUCAAACAUGAGAUAGCCAAUCAACUAUCACACCGAGGAAUGAUAGACGGGAAGUUCCCAUCCGUCACCUUCUCGAAAGAAAAACGGAAGAUCAUAACGUUAAACGACAGAGAAAUCCUUCGACAACUCACAGCUAUAAUGCACACUCUAUCCUCAAUAGGCUGUCUCACAGUACUCUACGAAUGUAUGAACGAGAUGCAUCACCUAGAAGUCAUGGAACAAGCUUACAUCAUGGCUACCGAACUAAUACAAAUACUAGAUCAAUAUAAAUUCGUCAGAAUCAUUGACAAUGCUCUCACUUACCCCAUGGGUCCGAAGAACGACGAUCAUGACGAAGAAAUGGCUCUAGAUUUGACCAGAGCAAAUAAUGCUGAUGCCAGAGAAAAAGUUAUAGAUGGCAUAGUCAAUACUGAUCAAAGUGAACUCUUAAUGAUUCUACAUGAUAAUAGUUUUCAAACUAAAUCUAAUGAAAUGGAAGAAGACUACAGGGUGUUUGUAGAUCGUAAAGAAAUCAUACAUCCAAACAAAUUCCUAGAAACAUUCAAAGGUACGAAUUACCGUGCAAUAAUUAAAGAAAAGAAGAAAUGGAAUUCAGAUGUUAACCAUAACUUAGAAGGACUGCUAGAUGAAAUUUUAGACAUAUAA